AUGCACCAGGCCAACUCCUACCUACAGAAGCAUGUGGAAAAGAGCCAUGCUGGGGCGAUGGUCAUUUCUGUCUCAAUGGAAUCAGUUGCCACCAAUGCUGCAAUGAUCACAUGGAGUUGCAAUGUGGAAAGCAAGGAUGCUGGGAGGAUGGAAAGCUAUGUCUAUUUGGAGGCUGCAAGAACUGCUGCAGUAGUUCAAACAGUUGGUGGCAUAGCAAAAUUGGCAAUGCCUGUGGCAAGGAGUCGUGCUGGGGUCGUGGCAAGGAAUGUGGCUUGUUUUGCCUAA